AUGGAGUAUAUGAGCAGGCUCUUGAACAAGCUGCAAGAGAAUCCCAAUUUCAAGCAUCAUGCCAAAUGUAAGAAGCUCAACCUUACUCACCUCACUUUUGCUAAUGACAUCCUCCUCUUUUCCAGAGGGGAUGCGGGAUCUGUUGAAUUGCUGAUGGGUACUCUGCAGGAUUUUUCUGGCUCUACUGGCCUGGUUAUAAACCCAGCUAAAUGUUUUGUUUACAUGGGUGAUGUGGAUGAAGACACCAGGGAUCAAAUCAUGAACAUUACAGGCUUUAAUGUUGGCCAGCUACCCUUUAGGUACCUUGGUGUACCUUUGUCUAGUAAGAAACUCUCUCUUAACUACUACCUGCCACUUAUUGACAAAAUUCUGAGUAAAGUCCAUCAUUGGAGCACCAAGCUUUUAAGCUAUGCGGGGAGGGUCCAGCUUGUUAACGCUGUGAGCUUUGCUGUCGCCAAUUACUUGCUCCAAUGCUUCCCAAUACCUAAGGGUGUGCUUAAGAAAAUCAAUUGCAUUUGCAGGGUGUUUGUUUGGACUGGAGGGAGUGCCUUGAGUAGAAAGAGUCCAAUUGCCUGA